GUAACGUCAUGUUGUUCGCAAUGCUUCUAUGUGUUGCUUUGGUCCCUUUUGGUUUUGCAUCUAUCAACACAACUUGUCUUCCUCCUGAAGAAGUGAUUGCUCUCAGGGAGAUCGGAAGAAAAUUGAUAAAAGAUUGGGAUUUCAACGAGGAUCCGUGUUGUGGCUGGGGCUCUAACAGCAAUAAUAUACAUGACAACACUGUCACUUGUCACUAUGAUGAAACAUCUAAUGGCACACUUUGUCAUGUUGUUAGUGUAAGUCUCAAAGGACAAAGCCUACAAGGCAUUCUCCCACCAGAAUUUGCCAAUCUUCCUUACCUUCAAUGGAUAGACUUGACUUACAACUAUCUCAAUGGUACCAUUCCGCCAGAAUGGGGUUCCAUGAAGCAACUGCAAACCAUUUCUAUAAUUGGGAAUCGGUUAAGUGGAUCAAUCCCGAAGGAGCUUGGAAAGAUCACCACAUUGAAAAUUUUAAUCCUGGAAGACAACAGGCUUUCUGGAAGAAUUCCCCGGGAACUUGGGAAUCUUGCAAGCAUGGAAACAUUAUGUUUGAGCUCCAACAAUUUCACCGGGGAGUUGCCUGCAUCGUUAGCCAGUCUUACUAAUAUGACGGACUUACGACUUAGUAGUAACAAUUUGUCUGGGAAGAUACCUGAUUUUAUAGGAACAUGGACAAAUCUCGUGAGAUUUUUCAUUCAGGGCAGUGGAUUGGAGGGGCCAAUACCUCGGAGCAUUACUCUUUUGAAAAAUUUGUUAGACUUGAGAAUCACCGACUUGAGGGGACCAGACUCUUUUUGUCCACCCUUUUCUAACACAACGAGUUUGAAUUAUCUAAUCUUGAGGAGUAGCAAUCUUAUCGGAAAGUUACCAGAAUCCCUUGGUUUAAAUCUGAGAAUCAUAGACUUCAGCUUUAACAAGCUUAAUGGAUCCAUUCCUACAACUUACGAAAACCUGCUAGCAGGCGAAAUUUAUCUUACUGGAAACUUGUUGUCUGGAAGUGUGCCCGUUUGGAUGCUCAGUUCAGGAAAAUCUAUUGAUCUCUCAUUCAACAACUUCACAUAUGAAAGCUCAAAAAUUUCGAGCUGUCAGAUGCAGAAAACAAACUUGUUUGCUUCAUUUUCAAAGGACAACACCUCUAAAGAAGUCUCAUGCUUGGGGAAUAAUUACUGUCCAACAAAUUGGUCCAGCUUGUAUAUCAACUGUGGCGGAAGAGGACUAGCGGUUGGAAACAAGGUAUAUGAAGGUGACCUUGACCCAGGAAGUUCAUCGCGUUUCUUUUCGACUAAUAGUCAUUGGGGAUUUAGUAACACUGGUAUCUUCAUGAAUGCCGAGAACAGUAAUGCUUAUGUUGUGGCAAAUACUUCUAGGCUCCCUGUAAACAACUCUGAGUUAUACAUGAGUGCACGAGCCUCGGCCUUAUCUUUGACAUAUUAUGGUUUCUGUAUGCUUAGUGGAAGCUAUCAAGUAAGCCUUCACUUUGCCGAUAUCUCUUCUGCUGCUGAAAGAACCUAUACUAGCCUUGGGAGGCGUGUAUUUAAUAUCUACAUUCAGGGUAUGUUGAUGGAGAAGGAUUUUGACAUCAGUGAAAGAGCGGGCGGGGUUGGAAAACCAAUUGUGGUAAGUUACUUUGUGAAUGUCGUAACUACUUUGGAAAUCCGGCUAUAUUGGGCUGGAAAAGGAACAACCUUCCUCCCACGGCAAGGAGUAUAUGGCCCUCUUAUUUCAGCUAUUUCUGUGGAUCCACUUUUGCCGGUUCCACACAAAGGGGUGUCUAAAAUUACAGUAAUUGGAAUUGUGGCUGGAGCACUUUGCUUGAUCAUCCUACUUGUUGGAGUUCUUUGGUGGCGGUGUUAUUUACAACGCAAAAAUACUAUGGAACUAGGGCUGAAAGGGCUAAACACUAGUUCGUUCACAUUAAGACAAAUCAAAGCUGCAACGAACAAUUUUGAUGUUGCCAACAAGAUUGGAGAAGGGGGUUUUGGUUGUGUCUUUAAGGGAGUACUGCCUAAUGGCACCUUAAUAGCCGUGAAGCAGCUUUCAUCUAAAUCAAAGCAAGGAAAUAGGGAGUUCUUGAAUGAAAUAGGCAUGAUAUCUGCUGUCCAACAUCCGCAUCUCGUGAAGCUAUAUGGAUGUUGUGUUGAAGGAAACCAGUUGCUGCUUGCAUAUGAAUAUUUGGAAAAUAACAGUCUUGCCAGAGCUUUAUUUGGGCCAAAAAAAUGGGAGUUGGAACUGAAGUGGCCAAUAAGAUACCGAAUUUGUAUCCAUAUAGCGAAAGGAUUGGCUUUUCUACAUGAAGAAUCAAGAUUGAAGAUUGUACACAGAGAUAUCAAAGCCACUAAUGUACUCCUUGAUAAGAAUUUGAAUGCCAAAAUAUCUGAUUUUGGUUUGGCUAAGCUUGAUGAGGAGGACAACACCCAUAUAAGCACCCGAAUUGCUGGAACUUAUGGAUAUAUGGCCCCUGAAUAUGCACUGCGUGGUUACCUCACUGAUAAAGCUGAUGUCUAUAGCUAUGGAAUUGUGCUCUUAGAGAUUGUGAGUGGAAUGGCUAACACUGUUGACAGGGCAAAGGAAAAUCAUUUUAUUCUUCUUGAUCGGGCCAUUAAUUUGAAAACAACCGGUAACCUGAUGGAACUAGUUGAUCCAAGGCUUGGGUCAGAAUAUGACAUCCAAGAAAUGAUGGUAGUUAUCAAUCUGGCUCUAGUGUGCACGAUGGUUUCUCCAGCCGUUAGGCCAACAAUGUCAUCAGUAGUUGCCAUGCUUGAAGGAAGAACUGUUCCUGCAGGGUUUGUGGUUGAACGAAGUAUCUCAUUUACAGAAUUAGACCACAGUAAUACAAUGGAGCGACUUGGGAGUACAAGUGAGAGCCAAAUCGAGGAAAUGUCAAUCCCCUGCGCUGAUUUUUCGACAUCUGCUGUAGAUAUGUAUGCAACAACUGAUUGUUUUAGUGAGAAUAUGAUAAAGAGACAAAAUGAUGCUCAGAAGUUGUUAUCUUAGAGCAUUGGUAAUUUGGUAUAGUACUCAACUGGUGACAUAUUAAACAAUUAUAUAUUAUGGUUUACCA